AUGGAUUAAACUGGUUUGAGAGCAGUCAUUUUAGGUGCUUCUGGAGCUGUUGGAAGAGAAUUAGUAAUAGAAUUGACCAACUCUCCUAAAUGGGCUGAGGUUGCUGUAAUUGUUCGUCGAAAAUUAGAAUAAUGGGAUACAUUACCAAAUAAACACAAAUUAAGAAUAACUUAAGUUGACAACUUGGACAUUCUUGAGAAGACAGAAGAAUGGAAGAAGUUUGCCAAUUAUAAUACAUUCUUUUGUGUCCUUGGAUCUAGAGUAAAAGAGGGAGAUGCUCAAUUUACAAAGGUCGAUCUCACUUAUCCAAUCUAUGGAGGUAAUAUAGCCAGGGCAAAUGCUAUCCCUCAUUAUUCCUUAUUAACUUCAAUAGGAGCUGAUAAAGGAUCUAUGUUUCUCUACACAAGAGUUAAAGGACUUGUUGAAGAGGCUUUGACCAAAUAAUAAUUUCCCUAUUUGACUAUUCAUAGAGCAGGAGCCAUAUUAAACAGAGUAAAUGAUGAAAGAUUUGGAGAGACACUCCUUAAAUAUUUGCCAUUUAUUGAUAAAAUAGAAUGCAAAGAUUUAGCCAAGGCUUUGAAAGUGGAUGCUGAGAAAGCAUAUAUUGAUUUAUAAAACCCAAAUCAGAAGGAUUUUACUGUUAGAUUAAAUACAAACAAAAUGUUAGUAGAUUUUUCAAAAUUAUGA